AUGUCCACAAUCAAAGACAUCAUAAUCACCCCCGUAGCCUUCCACGACCCACCCCUCCUCAACAGCGUCGGCGUGCACGAGCCCUUCGCCCUCCGCAGCAUCAUCGAGGUAAUUACAGAAACAACCUACGGCCUCGGCGAGUCCUACGGGGACUCAACGCACCUCGAGCGUCUCCAACGCGCAGCAGAGCUCAUAAAAUCCUCCGCCCUCUCAAUCCACAACACAAACGCAAUCUACCAAAUAUGCGUCGACAGCUUAACCAACGACACAGCCACCGGCGGCGACGGCAUGGCAGGGAUGGUAACGACCGCCUCCAUCGCAGACAAACUCUUCUCGCCGUUUGAGGUCGCCUGCCUUGAUAUCCAGGGGAAGAUGGCCGGUGUCCCGGUCAGCGAGCUACUCGGCGGCCGGGUCCGCGAUAAUGUCCAGUACUCCGCGUACCUCUUCUACAAAUGGGCUGGACAUCCUGGGUCGCCGGACGACGAGUUCGGCGAGGCCCUAACGCCGGCUCAACUCGUGGCGCAAGCAAAGAAGAUGAUAGACGAGUACGGGUUCAAAGCGAUAAAGCUGAAGGGCGGCGUCUUCCCACCAGCGCAGGAAGUCGCCGCGAUUAAAGCGCUGCACGACGCUUUCCCCGGCAUCCCGCUCCGUCUGGACCCCAACGCCGCCUGGACAGUCGAGACCUCGAAGUGGGUUGCGGACGAACUGUCGGGGAUAGUCGAGUAUCUCGAAGACCCGGCGCCGGAGAUCGAAGGCAUGGCGGCCGUGGCAAGCGAAGCAAGCAUGCCACUCGCGACAAACAUGGCCGUCGUGGCAUUCGACCACCUCCCGCCCUCGAUCCUGCAGAACGCGGUGCAGGUCAUACUCUCAGACCACCACUUCUGGGGCGGACUGCGCAAAUCGCAGACGCUUGCUUCGAUCUGCGCGAUUUGGGGGAUCAGGCUGUCGAUGCACAGUAACAGCCAUCUGGGGAUUAGUCUUGCGGCCAUGACGCACUUGGCGGCUGCGACGCCGAAUCUGGAUUAUGCGUGCGAUACGCAUUGGCCGUGGAAGAGGCGGGACGAAGAUGUUAUUGGUGAUGGGGCGCUGAGGUGGGUUGAUGGGGGCGUUGAGGUGCCGCGGACCCCGGGGUUGGGGGUUGAGCUUGACCGGGAGAAACUGGGGAGAUUGCAUCGGCAGUACCUUGAGUGUGGGAUUCGGAAGAGGGAUGAUACGUCGUAUAUGAGGCGGUUUGAGCCGGAGUUUGAUGCGAGGAUACCGAGGUGGUAG